AUGGAGUGCAUAGUCUUCACUUGUGACCAGGGUGCUGGUAAUCGUGCAAUGCUUGCUCGCCUUGGGGUGACAAAGGAGCAGCCAUACUUUGAGGUUGAUAAUAUCAAAGUGUUUUGCCUGUGGGAUCCACCUCAUUUGAUUAAAAACACACGCAACAACUGGCACAACCGCGGCUUUGCAUUGGAUGGAGAUGAAAUCACCUGGGCUGUUCUGGAAGAUCUAUAUGCUUACGACAUGGUGGUGUGUAUGUUUGUUUCAGCUCGUGGCGGUAAUCGUGACAAUCCUGAUUCUCUCCAGUUUGAAUGUGAAUAUCGGGCCGUGGCCACAGGACUGAUGUUCAACAACUCUGAAAAGACCAACUGUGAGCAAGAUCUUGACACCUUCCUACUGCAGUUCAGUGCAUAUGCCUCCCAGGAGAGUCCCCAGGUCAUCAAUGACACAGAGAUGGUUCUGAAAGAACAUGACUACAGUAGAGUGGCUGCAGAUAGUGGGGUGGCUGAGAGAGGCCCCCCUUCAAUACACAGACAGUGUUAUCCCCACCAAACAAAACCAUGCUAUGGAGACCAUGAAGAUACGAUGAAUUACACUGAGGUCAGGGAGAGAGAGGUUCCCUUGAUCAAUAAAUCAGAGAGGCUAGAGAGAAUGCUCAGCCAGGACAAGCCGUCUACCUCUAGUAAUGCUCAGGAUCUCAAAAUUCAAGGAAAGGGCUCAGCCAGGACCAGCUAUCUCCAAGAACAUGAGGUCUUGGCAACUCAGAAUCAGAACUGUUUUAUGAAAAAAUUUCGCUUUGGUUAA